UUGGAGUCAAAAACAGAAGUGCAGCACUUCGGAAUUUGACAAAGCUAUAUUUAAAAAAGUGCUUCGUGUCUGUGACCUAGAUAUCAUUUCCAGAAUGUCACUAACUAAUAAUUAGGCCCGCAACGGAAGGCGUAGAUGCCGUUUACGUGACGGGCAAUUUCGCUGAUUGGGCAUUGUCUGAGAACAACAUGCUCAAAAAGUCCGAGGAUUCCGAGCUUUUUGAAGGUUUUGUCCGUGUGAACGACAAGCAAAAGCUAGUGUUCAAGUUUGUGGUGGACGGCUCCCUAUGGACUACAGCUGAAAAGUACAAAGUUGAGUUUGACGAGCACGGGAACAAGAACAACUAUAUUGAGGCCGAAGAAUUGAUUCUUGAUUCAACAUGCAACCCAGGUGCAAAAGAUAGCUCCAGCGUCGAGAUCAAUGCUUACGAGAAACGUCGUUCUAUGGAGGGGCUGGUUGCAAAAGCUGCGUUGGAUUUCAACAAGACUCCUGUAGAAAAUGAUGAGUCAAAAGUGGAUGAAGACUACGGUGAUCAGCUGGGCGAUGAUGAGGCAGGCGACAGUUCUGAAGAUGAAAAGCCAUAUAUGUCUACCACUUCAGCUGUUCCUAGUACCUCUGAGGUUUAUUCCACGGCCCCCGCAGCCUUUGUUUCACUAGUCUCCUCGACAAAUUGCAAUGUUUCCAGAAGUCCAGCCAUCAACAGGGAUGAAACGAGCGGGUGUGACAGUGGUAUACAUGAACACCACGUUAUCAAGCAAUUUUCUCUUGACAAUGGAUGUGACUUGGAAAACAUACUGCUCACGGAAUCACUGUUCACAGAAGUCUCGUAUGUGACCAGCAAUUCCCAAUCGAUGGGAAAUCACCUAAGCAAUCUCAUGAAUCCUGAAGGGCAAAUGAAAGAAGGUUUCAUGUCAGUUAAUACCAUUUUUGAACCUGCAACAGACCAUCCGGGAGGUGCGGGGUCGCCUUUCUCUGAGCAGUCGGAAGAUGAUCACAAUUCAUGUGUGUCUGGUAAUAGCGAUUACAGAAGUGACGAGGAGGUUGAUAGUAUCGGAAUCUCAAUCGAAGUUGAAGACCCUGGUAGCGGUGUACCUCUGCCAGGGGUGUUUGCAAAAAUACGGGGGCUUUUCCACUUUUGAUGCAUUGGUUGACUUUGUAACUCUACAGAACGUCUUCGUUCAGAAUAUUUGCCGCUGAUCUUGUAGCGUUGUCUUGCUUCCAAGUUAGUAUAAUCUCACUUCUUGUCUCGAAUUAUAAUACAUGUUUAUUUAGAUCCAGAACUGUUGGGCGAAGUACCAUGUAUUCCAUGUAGUA